AUGUUUCCCAGGACGCUGGCCUUCGUCUCUCUAAUCUCCUUGGCUUGGGCAGCGCCGCAAGCAAGAGGAGGGACUCCGCAAGUUACGAUCAAAACACCACAAGCCAACAUCAAAGGCACAACGAAAGGAUUUCUCGGAGCCAAGGCCGGCGAGGUCGAAUCGUUCAAUGGAAUUCCGGUCGCAAAGCCUCCCAUUGGGGAGCUGCGAUUCAAGCCCCCCGUCCGCAUCACCGAGGCGUUGGGCAACGUCGACGCUACCACAGAACAGCCCGAAUCUUGCCCGCAGUUCGCCCUGAAUACCAACUUCGGCUCACCUCUCAUCCCGCCAGAUGUUCUCGAUAAGGUGCUGAAUUUGCCAAUCAUCAAGAAUCUCGCCGUUGGACAAGAGGACUGUCUUACGAUCAAUGUGCAACGGCCAGCUGGGACGACGGAGAAGGAUAAGCUCCCGGUGAUGUUCUGGAUUUUCGGAGGAGGCUUUGAGCUGGGGAGCACGUCAAUGUACAACGGGGCUGGCCUUGUAGCAGAGUCCAUGUCCACAGGAAAGCCAAUCGUCUUUGUUGCGGUUAACUACAGGGUGGGAGCUUUUGGCUUCAUGCCCGGAAAGGACCUUAUGAUGGAGGGAAGCUCUAACGCUGGACUGCUUGAUCAACGAAUGGGCCUUGAAUGGGUUCAAGAUAACAUCGCCAGCUUCGGGGGAGAUCCAGACAAAGUCACCAUCUGGGGAGAGUCUGCUGGGGCUAUUUCGGUUUUCAGUCAGCUCACUCUCAAUAACGGCAAUAUCACUCGCAACGGGAAGGCGCUCUUCCGCGGUGCAAUUAUGAACUCCGGCUCGGCUGUACCUACGGACCCGAUGGAUUCACCCAAGGCGCAGAAGAUCUACGACCAGGUUGUGUCUACGGCCGGCUGCGACACGGCAGCGGAUCGCCUCAAGUGCCUACGAGAUCUUCCCUAUGAUGAUAUGAGAAAAGCGGCAAACUCGGUUCCUGGCCUCUUGAGCUACAGCUCGAUUGCCCUUUCAUAUCUCCCGAGACCCGACGGCAAAAGCAUCGUUUCCAGCCCUGAGCUUUUUGCAACUUCAGGCAAACUCCCCAAAGUGCCGUUCAUCAUUGGAGACCAAGAAGACGAAGGCACUCUUUUCGCCCUCUUCACGCCGAACAUCUCCACAACUUCGGAAGUGGAAGAAUACUUCCAAACUCUGUUCUUCAAUAAUGCAUCACCUCAACAAGUAAAAGGUCUCGUCGCCACUUACAAGAAUCGUCCUUCUGCAGGAUCUCCCUUCCGUACUGCCGGCUUCAAUAAUAUCUACCCACAAUUCAAGCGCAUGGCGGCUAUUCUUGGAGACUCCGUCUUCACUCUCACGCGAAGAGCAGUGCUCAACAUUUCCACAACUGUGCAACCCGAUGUCCCGAACUGGAGCUAUAUCUCCAGUUAUGACUACGGUACGCCAGUUCUGGGCACCUUCCACGGGUCGGACCUCCUUCAGACGUUCUACGGCAUCAAGCCAAAUUACGCCGCCUCAGCUACACGAGCAUAUUAUUUCAACUUUGCCUAUAAUCAGGAUCCGAACGACUCGAAAGGCGGCACUGGAGUGGCGAGUGUCAAGCUCAUUGACUGGCCAAAGUGGAAGGAUGGUGGAAAGUUGUUGCAUGUGAUGGCGAACAACGCUGACUUGAUCGAUGAUGACUUCCGUCAAGACAGCUUCAAUUUCCUGCUGAACAACGUACAAAGUCUGCGCUUCUAG